AUGGCAUCGUACGGUGUUAUUUGGCCUAUUUCAAGUUUUAUUCAGCAAACAUUUGAAGGCAAAAAGUUUGUUUCAGAAAAUGGUUAUGAUUGGUGGAGAUGUGCACGUUUUGGGUUAUGGGGCUCAUGUUAUGUUGCUCCUACAUUGUACUCAUGGUUAACUGUAGCUAGUUUAAUGUGGCCAGGGAACAGCAUUCGUGCUGGUAUCAUUAAGACAUUGGUUGAAACAAUAACUUACACCCCAUUCGCCAUGUGUAGUUUCUAUUUUGGCAUGAGUUUACUUGAAAUGAAGCCCUUUUAUGAAGCUGUUGCGGAAGUGCAUGCAAAAUUUUUGCCUACUUAUAAGGUUGGGGCGUCAAUUUGGCCUGCUGUAGCUAUGGUUAACUUCUGUUUCAUCCCCCCAAAAAAUAGGGUGCCUUUUAUAAGUGUUUGCAGCCUCAUGUGGACUUGCUUUCUUGCUUACAUGAAACAUCUUGACAAAGAAGAUGUCCCUCAAAAGGCAAAGGAAAUGUCUAUACGAAGUCUUACCACU